GGCCCGCUGUAAACUACGAGAUGGCGCAUGGUGAGAUGAGAGAAAUACCUUGGACAUUGGCACACCAGGGAAUAAUAAUCUGUGGGCGUGAGCUCAACUCCAGUCCACCGCCAGCAAUGGAGCAUGAAGCUUUGACAAUGCCAGGCAUUCGUACUUGCAAAAUGCCAGAAAAAUCAUCAAACAAACAUCGGCUGAAGAACCCUAUACAGAAGCCAACAGGAAAUUUGCCAACUAGUGGCCAUGAAAGCCUCAACAAUGAACUCUGUGUCAGCAUACAGCCAAUGUUCUCGAAUAGUCCAAGGGGACCAACAUUGCCAUACGCCUACACUCUGUGAGACUACAUAGAUGUUUAUGAUCUUACUCAGGACACUAAUAACCUAACUAUAUAGGUGUGUGUUUCAGUCAAAUGGAUGCCCUAGAAUACCAUGAUUCCAAAAAUCUCUCUCUCUUUUGUUGCCAACAAAAAUUCAUCCAAAAUUGGUGAUCAUUUAUAAUGAGUCUGGUCCCCUACUUACUUUAGUUUAAACUGGGAGGCUGAAUUGAAUAAUGGCCGUGUUUAUCUCGAAGACAAUCUGCAUAAAGGGAAUCCUGAAAUUGCAAUCACAGACAAACCACUCAAAAAGUGUAAAA